GUAAUAUCAAACAUAUUCUUAGAGUUUAAAAUGUUAUCAUAAAGUGGUACCAUGUCAUAAAUCAUAUAUUUUGAAGAUAUAAAAUUGAGAUUAAUUCAAGUAUACUAAAUAUAUCUAUUACGUAUACACCAAAUGUGAAUAUUACUACAAUAACAUAUGUAAUUUCUAUUUAUAUUUUAUAAAGAGUAAAAUAUGCUUCCUGUACGGUAUACAAGAAAUUUAUUCCUUAGAGGAAUUUGUAUUAUUUAUUUAAACGCAUUUUUGAGUUUUUAUGUUCAAAUUCCUGGACUGUAUGGUGAUAACGGAAUCCUACCUGCCAGAGCGCAAUUAGACUUUGAAAAUCAUGCAUCAUUGGAGAAAAAGUUUUCGCAAAAGCCAACUUUGUUAUGGUUCGCACCAUAUUUAGGAUUAAAUGUAGAAUAUAUGAUUAAUUUAUUAUCGCUUCUUGGUGUAGCAUUUGCUUUUCUAGGAUUUGUUUCACAAAGGUUCUGCAUUUCACCCGUAUUUAUAGCACUUUGGUCAUUAUAUUAUUCCUUACACCAGAUUGGUCAAGUAUUUAUGAAGUUUCCAUGGGAUUUUCUUCUCUUGGAAACAGGAUUUCUAUGUAUUUUCAUAGCACAACCUUUAUAUUCUCAUAACAGAAAUACUCCAAGUGACAACGUUACAUUUUGGAGCGUACGUUGGUUACUCUUUCGAUUGAUAUUUUCUACUGGUGCAGGAAAACUAAUUUCUCAGUGUCCAACUUGGUGGAAAUUAAAUGCUUUAAGUGUAUAUUUUGAAUCUCAAUGUAUACCUACUGCUUUAGCAUGGUAUGCACAUCAUUUGCCAGUUUGGAUUCUUCGCUUUACAACUGUCUUAACAAACGUAAUUGAGAUUGCUAUUCCAUUCUUAUUCUUCUUUCCAAAUAGAUUAGUAAGAAUAACAGCUUUCUACCUUCAGGUCAUUUUGCAAAUUUUCAUCAUUGCAACAGGAAACUAUAACUUUUACAACUUUUUGAUAAUAUGUUUAUGCAUCUCUUUACUGGAUGAUCGUAUAUUUUAUAGUAAAAAACAAAAAAAUGUUCGUAACAUUAAUAAAAUCUCUAUAUUAUUGUGCUUCAUAGUAUAUGCAGGAAUAUUAUAUGGAAUGUAUAAAUAUUAUAACAUACGUAUCACAAAUAACUGGACUAUUCAAACUGAUAUUGCAUUUACUCAAAAACAGUUUAAUAUUGCUUUAUCAUAUAUAAUUCCAAUGUCAAUUUAUAUGGGUAUUACAUCGCUUGGUUAUAUAAUAAUAACAACGAUGAAAGAUCUAGUAAUUAGCAAUAAAGGAACACAAAGAAAAGCAUUUGUUAAUUUUGUAACAAUUUUAUAUACUGCUGUUAUAUGCUUAAUUUUUACUCUUAGUAUUGUACCGUACGUUACUUUGAAUCCAUCUUACAACCCAACAAUACCAUCUCAAAUUCAGAAGCUUUACAAAUAUGUCGAACAUCUCCACCUCGUUAACAGUUAUGGAUCGUAUAGACCUAUGAAAGAUAUCAGUGGAAGACCAGAAAUAAUUAUCGAAGGCAGUAACAAUAGCGAUGGGCCUUGGAAAGAAUAUGAAUUUCUAUACAAACCAGGAAAUGUUAAUAAUUUAUUACCAUUCGUUGCGCCUCAUCAACCUCGUCUUGACUGGCAAAUGUGUUUAGCUGCUUCAAGUAGAUAUGAACAAAAUCUUUGGUUAAAAUCGUUAACAUAUCGUUUAUUAAAUGGACAACCUGAAACAUUAGCUUUAAUAAAUAAAGUGGAAAAUCCGUUUAACGCUAAACCGCCUAAGUACAUAAGAGCCAGUCUUUAUCAUUAUCAUUACGUACCAUGGAAUAAUACAAAAAGUAAUACACAAGCUUGGUGGACUAGAGAAAAAGUAGAGACAUACAUGCCAAUGUAUAAAAGGGAUGACUUAUCUUUAAUUGAAUAUUUAUCAAAGAUCAAAUUAAUUCAAGAAAAACCAACAUUAAAAAUCACCAAUCUAAUAGCUACAUCAACAUUAGAUACGAUUAGACGUUUAGUUUCUAACGUCGAAGCAAGUUUAUUCUUGUGGGGAGUUCAUACAGCAGGCUGGGGAAUAAUACUUUUAUAAAUUUAAAUGUUAUUGAAAACAAUUUUAUUUUUAAGUAAAUAAUCACAUAAACAUGCUCAUAAACUAUUUAAUGAUAAUAUUAGAAUAUUAUCAUCAGAUUAAAUAAUGUAGUUUUUGAUAGAUAGUUCAUUUUAUUUGUACGCACAAAGAUUCGUGCAAUAUAUUCCUAACUUAUGAAAAUCUGUUAAUUGCUUAACUUAAAACAGUUAUGAGCACAAUUAAAAUUUAUUUAUAUAUUUUUAGAUAAUAUUGAAUUCA